UAAACCCUAUGUCUUGUUGCAGUUGUCUGCAGCCAUUGCAGAGCUGAGCCAACUGAAUUAACCUUUCCACUUGUUUCUUCUGCACCAUUCUCUUCUUAGCUCUUCUUCUCCAUCUUCCCUGCAACUUCAUUGCCACCAUGCACCGCUUCGCCUGUGGCCUCGCCUCUAAAGCCAGGUUGGCUAGGAACAGUUCCCAUCAGAUCAAUUCUAGAUUGAACUGCAGUAGGAAUUAUGCAGCGAAGGACAUUAAAUUUGGGGUUGAAGCGCGCGCCUUGAUGCUUAGGGGUGUUGAAGAGCUUGCAGAUGCUGUCAAAGUUACAAUGGGACCGAAAGGGCGUAAUGUAGUGUUAGAGCAGAGUUAUGGUGCCCCAAAAGUGACGAAAGAUGGUGUUACUGUUGCAAAGAGCAUUGAAUUCAAAGAUAAAGUAAAAAAUAUUGGUGCAAGUUUGGUGAAGCAGGUUGCAAAUGCUACCAAUGAUGUGGCAGGAGAUGGUACAACAUGUGCAACGGUUCUUACUCGUGCAAUAUUUACUGAAGGAUGUAAAUCUGUGGCUGCUGGAGUGAACGCUAUGGACUUGAGACGUGGGAUUACGAUGGCAGUUGAUUCUGUUAUUACAAUUCUGAAGAGCAGAGCCCGGAUGAUCAGUACAUCUGAAGAAAUCGCCCAGGUUGGAACAAUAUCAGCUAAUGGAGAACGAGAGAUCGGUGAGCUAAUAGCUAAGGCUAUGGAAAAAGUAGGAAAGGAGGGAGUUAUCACCAUUUCAGACGGUAACACACUCGAUAAUGAAUUGGAGAUCGUUGAGGGAAUGAAGCUGGACAGGGGUUUCAUAUCUCCUUAUUUUAUUACCAACCAGAAAAACCAAAAAUGUGAAUUGGAAGAUCCACUAAUUUUAAUACACGAAAAGAAAAUCUCAAAUUUAAAUGCUGUGGUAAAAGUCUUGGAGUUAGCUCUGAAGAGGCAAAGACCUUUACUUAUUGUUGCUGAAGAUGUGGAAAGUGAUGCAUUAGCUACCCUUAUUUUAAACAAGUUACGUGCUGGUAUUAAGGUUUGCGCAAUUAAAGCUCCCGGGUUCGGUGAUAAUAGGAAGGCUAGUAUGCAGGAUCUGGCAAUUCUCACAGGAGGCCAGGUCAUAACUGAGGAACUUGGUCUAGAUCUUGAAAAAGUUGGUGCUGAAUCAUUGGGUUCAUGCAAAAAGGUUACGGUGUCGAAGGAUGAUACUGUAGUUCUUGAUGGGGCUGGUGACAAGAAGGCGAUUGAAGAACAGUCUGACCAGUUGCGAUCCUUGAUUGAGUUGAGCACUUCAGACUAUGACAAAGAAAAGCUGCAAGAACGGCUUGCAAAGCUUUCUGGUGGAGUUGCUGUCCUAAAGAUUGGUGGGGCUAGUGAAGCCGAAGUUGGGGAACGAAAGGAUAGAGUUACCGAUGCGCUAAAUGCUACGAAAGCGGCCGUGGAGGAGGGAAUUGUGGCUGGCGGUGGUGUCGCUCUGCUCUAUGCAUCAAAGGAGUUGGAGAAGUUGCAUACUGCAAAUUUUGAUCAGAAGAUCGGUGUUCAAAUCGUUCAAAACGCUCUAAAGAUGCCUAUUUACACAAUUGCUUCUAAUGCCGGAGUUGAAGGAGCAGUUGUGGCUGGGAAGCUACUCGAACAGGACAAUUCCGACCUUGGAUACGACGCAGCUAAAGGCGAAUAUGUAGACAUGAUCAAGGCUGGAAUUAUUGAUCCCUUGAAAGUUAUCAGAACCGCGCUAGUAGACGCCGCAAGCGUAUCUUCACUACUGACGACGACCGAGGCCGUGGUGGUCGAACAAGCUAACGAUGAUAAGGAAGCUGCCCCAUCAAUGGGAGGCGCCAUGGGUUACUGAAACCGAACCCACCCCGAUUUUGUUAACAAUUGAUCAUUCAUAUGCAGACCAAUUCAGAAGAAAUUUUUCAUAGAAGCUGAUAAAAACACGUUUUUUCGA